CUCAAUAAAUAACUUGUCUCUUGUUCGGUGCUGUGAAAACCAUUCUUUGGACUUGACCAGAUAUUAACUCUGACAGGAAUGAAAAUCUGAAGAUUUUUGUGAACCUACAGCUAUCUAAAGGAAUUGAUGAGCAGGGUUUCACCAUGCUAUGAUUCAUCUGAAGCUGGUUGUGACAGCCACCGGGAGUUUUUGCUAAAGCUGCAUGUGCCUGCCUUCUCAGGAAUUUGGAUAGCUGCUGCAUCUUUGAAGAGAGAUUUCCUGUGCCCUUCUUCAAAUGCCUGUGAUAUUUCCAAGAGGAACCAUUUUUCUGCUUAAAAGAAGCAUAAGCAAUCGGGUUACAGCUCUGACGUUUUGGAGCGCAAGUGAUGUUAAAACAAUUUGAAUGUAUUGGAGCAUGGCUACUUCUUAAAAUGGAAAAGUUAGAGGAAAUUAUUGCUUAUCAAAACCUACUGAAUAUCUGAAUUUUCUAGACAUCCUGCAUUUAAACGUGUCCUUAAAUGUCCAUGAUUAAGAUCUCAUGCAACCAUUGUAUAUUUUGGAGACUAUUCUCCGAAAGAGAACUGUGCAUUUAAAAAGCAGAAAUGACUGUUUUUUCUCUUGGAACUUACUAAGGUUGAACAUACUGAAAGAUCAUGACCAGCUUGAAGCGGUCCCAGACCGAACGGGCUGUUGCCACUGGGGUAUCAGUCGGAACAGAUGGCACCUCAAAAGUCCACUCGGAUGACUUUUAUAUGAGGCGCUUUAGGUCACAGAAUGGCAGCUUAGGAUCUGCAGUCAUGGCGCCAGUUGGACCUCCUCGCAAUGAAAGUUCCCAUCACGUUACCUCUACCCCUGGAGUCCCUAAGAUGGGGGUCAGGGCAAGGAUUGCUGAUUGGCCCCCAAGGAAGGAGAACAUCAAGGAAACAAGCAGAUCUAGUCAAGAUAUUGACACAUCAAGUUGCCUUGACAGCAUGUCUUCUAAAAGCAGUCCUGGGAGUCAGGGAAGCUCUGUUAACCUGAAUGCUAGUGAUUCUGUCAUGUUAAAGAGCAUCCAGAGCACACUUAAAAACAAGACCAGACAAUCUGAUAAUCUAGACUCCAGGUUUCUUACACCUGAUGGCUAUCCUAGUUCCCCAAGGAAAGCUCUUCGCAGAAUAAGACAACGCAGCAACAGCGACAUUACCAUAAGUGAGCUUGAUGUGGAUAGUUUUGAUGAAUGUAUUUCACCCACUUUCAAAUCUGGACCAUCUCUGCACAGGGAGUAUGGCAGCACAUCUUCCAUAGAUAAGCAGGGAACUUCAGGGGAAAGUUUUUUUGACUUAUUGAAGGGCUAUAAAGAUGAAAAGUCUGAUCAGAGAAGCCCAGCCACAACUAAGCUCAGUGAACUCCUGAUUGCCAGUGGAAGCAAGGGUUCAGGAUUCUCUUUAGAUGUGAUAGAUGGACCUAUUACUCAAAGGGAAAACCUGAGACUCUUUAAGGAAAGGGAGAAGCCACUCAAGAGACGCUCAAAAUCAGAGACAGGAGAUUCAUCCAUUUUUCGUAAGCUGCGCAAUGCCAAAGGUGAAGGGGAGCUUGGGAAGUCUUCAGAUCUUGAAGAUAACAGGUCAGAAGAUAGCAUGAAGCCUUGGACUUGUCCAAAGUGUUUUGCUCAUUAUGAUGUACAGAGUAUUUUAUUUGAUUUAAAUGAAGCGGCAAUCAACAGGCAUAAUGUUAUUAAAAGAAGGAACACAACCACAGGUGCAUCUGCUGCUGCUGUAGCAUCGCUUGUCUCUGGACCCUUGUCUCAUUCUGCAAGUUUCAACUCUCCAAUGGGCAGCACUGAAGACCUGAAUUCAAAAGGAAAUCUCAAUAUGGACCAGGGGGAUGAUAAAAGCAAUGAACUUGUGAUGAGUUGUCCUUAUUUUCGUAAUGAGAUUGGUGGGGAAGGGGAGAGGAAGAUCAGCCUUUCCAAAUCUAAUUCAGGUUCCUUCAGUGGGUGUGAAAGUGCCUCGUUUGAGUCAACUCUGAGUUCUCAUUGCACGAAUGCCGGAGUAGCGGUUCUGGAAGUUCCCAAGGAGAAUCUGAUUUUACAUCUAGACAGAGUGAAAAGAUACAUCGUUGAACAUGUAGACCUUGGUGCAUAUUAUUAUCGAAAAUUCUUCUAUCAGAAAGAACACUGGAACUAUUUUGGGGCAGAUGAGAACCUGGGUCCAGUAGCUGUGAGUAUAAGAAGAGAGAAGCCAGAGGAAAUCAAAGAAAAUGGACCUCAAUACAACUACCGGAUCAUAUUCAGAACCAGUGAGCUUAUGACACUAAGAGGCUCUGUGCUGGAAGAUGCUAUCCCUUCAACUGCAAAGCAUUGCACAGCCAGGGGACUUCCCCUAAAAGAAGUGCUGGAGUAUGUGGUUCCUGAGCUGAAUAUCCAUUGCCUAAGGCUGGCCUUCAACACUCCGAAAGUCACGGAACAGCUUAUGAAGCUGGAUGAACAAGGGUUAAGUUACCAACUUAAGGUGGGUAUCAUGUACUGUAAAGCCGGGCAAAGCACAGAAGAGGAAAUGUAUAAUAAUGAAUCAGCAGGUCCAGCCUUUGAAGAGUUUCUUCAGCUCUUGGGAGAACGAGUUCGACUCAAGGGAUUUGAAAAGUAUCGUGCUCAGCUGGAUACAAAGACUGAUUCAACGGGUACUCACUCUCUAUACACAACAUACAAGGACUAUGAAAUCAUGUUCCAUGUUUCUACUAUGUUGCCAUAUACUCCAAACAACAAGCAACAGCUUCUGAGAAAACGACAUAUUGGAAAUGAUAUUGUGACAAUAGUUUUCCAGGAGCCUGGAGCACAACCAUUCAGCCCAAAGAACAUUCGAUCCCACUUCCAGCACGUCUUUGUCAUUGUAAGAGUGCACAGUCCCUGUACUGACAGCGUUUGUUACAGUGUUGCUGUGACAAGAUCCAGAGAUGUACCAUCCUUUGGACCGCCUAUUCCAAAAGGUGUCACGUUUCCUAAAUCAAAUGUGUUCAGGGACUUCUUACUAGCCAAAGUCAUUAAUGCAGAGAAUGCUGCUCAUAAAUCAGAAAAGUUUCGUGUGAUGGCCACCAGGACCCGUCAAGAGUACUUGAAAGACUUGGCAGAGAAGAAUGUCACCAACACACCUAUUGACCCUUCUGGCAAGUUCCCCUUCAUCUCGCUUGCUUCAAAAAAGAAAGAAAAGUCCAAGCCUUAUCCAGGAGCAGAGAUCUAUAGUUCUGGUGCUAUUGUUUGGAGUGUCCACGCAAAAGACUACAGCAAGGGUAUGGAAAUAGACUGUCUCCUAGGCAUCUCUAAUGAGUUUGUAGUCCUCAUUGAACAGGACACGAAAAGCGUGGUGUUCAAUUGCUCCUGUCGAGAUGUCAUAGGGUGGACUUCAACAGACACAAAUAUCAAAAUAUUUUAUGAGAGAGGUGAAUGUGUUUCCCUGGAGAGCUUCAUCAGCAACAUUGAUGAUAUCAAAGAGAUCGUCAAAAGGCUGGAGCUUGUGACUAAGGGCUGUGAAACAGUGGAGAUGACUCUGCGUAGGAAUGGUCUGGGUCAGCUUGGUUUCCAUGUAAACUAUGAAGGCAUUGUGGCAGAUGUUGAGCCCUACGGCUAUGCGUGGCAGGCAGGACUGCGACAAGGCAGCCGGCUGGUGGAAAUCUGCAAGGUAGCUGUAGCCACUCUGAGCCAUGAGCAAAUGAUUGAUCUUCUCAGAACAUCAGUAACAGUGAAGGUUGUCAUCGUCCCUCCGUAUGAGGACUGCACACCACGCAGGAGUUCUUCAGAAAACUACCGUAUGCCAGUGAUGGAAUACAAAGUGAAUGAAGGAAUGUCGUAUGAAUUCAAAUUUCCCUUCAGAAAUAAUAACAAAUGGCAGCGAAAUGCAAGCAAAGGACAGGGACCUCAUGUGGCUCAGGUACCAUCCCAAAUACAAAGUCCAGUAACAUCUAGGAUUGGCUCUGGGAAAGGAGAAGGGAAAAUGCCACCCCCAGAACGAGCAGCCAACAUCCCCCGAAGCAUCUCUAGUGACGGACGCCCGUUGGAGAGCCGGAGGUUGUCUCCUGGUUCUGACGUCUACGUCACAGUUUCAUCCAUUGCCUUAGCAAGAUCGCAACAGUGCCGUAAUUCUCCAAGCAACUUAUCAUCCUCAAGUGAGACUGGCUCUGGUGGGGGCACAUACAGACAAAAAUCUAUGCCAGAAGGGUUUGGAAUUAGCCGUAGAUCCCCUGCUUCCAUUGACAGGCAGAACACGCAAUCAGAUACGGGUGGUAGCGGCAAAUCCACACCCAGCUGGCAAAGAAGUGAGGAUAGUAUCGCUGACCAGAUGGAACCAACAUGCCAUCUCCCAGCAGUAUCAAAAGUACUGCCAUCCUUCAGAGAAAGCCCCAGUGGAAGACUGAUGAGACAGGAUCCUGUGGUUCACUUGUCUCCAAAUAAGCAGGGUCAUUCUGACAGCCACUACUCCAGCCAUUCCAGCAGCAAUACUCUCUCCAGCAAUGCCUCCAGUGCUCACAGUGAUGAGAAAUGGUAUGACAGUGGAGAGCGCACCGAAUCAGAGCUGAACAGCUAUAACUACCUUCAAGGGACUUCAGCUGAUAGUGGCAUAGAUACCACUUCCUACGGACCUAGUCAUGGCAGCACUGCCUCCCUGGGAGCGGCAACAUCUCCCCGUACAGGGCUAACAAAGGAGAAAGUGGCACCGCUGUGGCAUAGCUCCAGCGAAGUGGUCUCCAUUGCAGACAGGACAUUGGAAAAAGAGAGCCACAUAGACCGAAAGACCGAGUCUUCACUGAGCCUGGAUAUUCACAGCAAGAGUCAGCCAGCCUCCAGUCCUCUAACAAGGGAGAACAGUGCUUACAGUCUUAGUGAUGCCGUCUCGCAUACAAGUACCAUGAGCCCCCGACACUCUGCCAGCCCGGUUGUUUUUACCAGUGCCAGAAGCUCACCUAAAGAAGAGCUUCAUUCUGCUACUUCUCCCCAGCUCGCGCCUUCUUUCUCCUCUUCCUCUUCCUCCUCAUCUGGUCCUAGGACUUUCUACCCUCGCCAGGGUGCUACUAGCAAGUAUCUGAUCGGAUGGAAAAAGCCAGAAGGGACAAUAAACUCAGUGGGGUUUAUGGAUUCAAGAAAACGUCACCAGAGCGAUGGCAAUGAAAUGGCCCACCCUCGGCUGCGUGCUUCAGCAAGAGAUCUGCGAGCAUCACCGAAACAAGCAUCCAAGUCCACCGUUGAAGAAGAGCUGAAGAAAUUGAUAGAUCUUGAUAGCCCAACACCUGAAUCCCAGAAGAAUUUUAAGUCACACACUCUGUCCUGUCAGUCUCCCUUUCCCAGCACUCCUACCACAAGGCGUGCCUUGCAAAGGACUUUGUCAGACGAGAGUAUUUACAGUGGUCAAAGGGACCACUUCUUCACCUCGCGGGCCUCGCUCUUGGACCAAGCCAUGCCAAAUGAUGUCCUGUUCACCAGCACGUACCCUUCUCUCCCAAAGUCACUGCCAUUACGGAGACCAUCAUAUACUUUGGGAAUGAAAUCACUACAUGGAGAGUUUUCUGCCUCAGACAGCUCCCUCACAGAUAUCCAGGAGCAACGACGGCAGCCCAUGCCAGACCCUGGUCUUAUGCCAUUGCCUGAUUCUGCCUCUGAUCUGGACUGGUCAAACUUGGUAGAUGCUGCCAAAGCCUUUGAAGUUCAGCGAGCUUCAUUCUUUGCUGCUGCUGAUGAAAAUCACAGACCUGUGAGCGCUGCCUCCAGCAGUGAUCAGGCUGAGGACCAGCUUACUGCACAGAUAAAGCCUUAUACAGGUAAAGAAUCUCCUCCAACUCUCGCCUCUAAAGUGGACCAACUGGAAGGUUUGCUGAAGAUGUUGCAAGAGGAUUUAAGGAAGGAAAAAGAGGACAAGGCCAGUCUUCAGGCUGAAGUGCAGCAUUUGCGGGAAGACAACUUGAGGUUACAGGAGGAAUCCCAGAAUGCAACCGAGAAACUGAAGAAAUUCACCGAAUGGGUUUUCAACACAAUUGAUAUGAACUGAGAACAGUGUAUGGGGAAGGAAACUAUCUGUUAUGAAUAUUAUUACUGGGACUUAAGCUUUAAUGCCACCUUAAUCAUGACAUGUGAAAGUAUAGUCAGAGCACUUCCCUGUCCUUCAUCCUCCAAUAACCCUUUUUUGCAUCUCUGCGCGCACUCAGAACAAUUGCAGAUAAACAAUCAAUGUCUGCCUUUUGUAGAAAAAAUAAAGUAAAUAAUUUUAAAAAGGUAAAAUAAAAGUUUAACUGCUAAAA